GUUGUGUUUGUGUGUGAGCGGAGCGGUUUCACUGAGCCGAGCUCAACCGAGCCGAGCUGAGACAACCGGACUGUGGACUCGAAGAAAGAAGAAGAAGUGGGUGCCAGCGCGCUUGAGCAAAAAAAUAAUUCACCUUCUAUAAAACCCUCAAAGUCUGUUUUAUUUAUUUUAAUGGUUGAACUGACAGCUGAACAACGUUACUCCGAUUCAUUUUUCCCUCACGUGAACGUGUAUUUUUCCGUGUUUGUGUUGUGUGCGCGAGAGCGGAUCUGUGACCCUUGCAACUGAAAGUGCAGUUUAUUAAACAAGAACAAAAAAACUCAAAAGAGAGGAAGAAAUGGAGAAAUCAAACGGCUUCUCGUCGGACCGAAACAUCCUCUGCCUGUUUGAUGUGGACGGUACUCUGACACCACCUAGAGAGAAGAUAGACCCAGAGCUGGACGAGUUCUUUCAGACUCUGCGGAGGAAAGUGAAGAUCGGCAUUGUAGGAGGGUCGGACUAUUCCAAGAUAGCCGAGCAACUUGGCGAGGGGGAUGAUGUGAUACACAAGUUUGACUAUGUAUUUGCUGAGAACGGUACAGUGCAGUACAAAGAUGGGAGACUCAUCUCAAAGCAUGCCAUUCAGAAUCAGAUUGGGGAGGAGCUGCUGCAGGACUUGAUUAACUUCUGCCUCAGCUACAUGGGGCUCAUCAAGCUGCCAAAGAAAAGGGGAACGUUCAUUGAGUUCAGGAAUGGAAUGCUCAACAUUUCCCCGAUUGGUCGAAGCUGCACGCUCGAGGAACGAAUCGAAUUUUCAGAAAUCGACAAGAGAGAGAAGAUCAGGGAGAAAUUUGUUGCUGCCCUGAAAGAGGAGUUUGCUGGGAAGGGACUACGGUUCACAAAAGGUGGUCUCAUCAGCUUUGACGUUUUUCCAGAGGGCUGGGACAAGAGACUGUGUCUGGAUGUGCUGGAGAGUGAAGGCCUGGACACCAUUUACUUCUUUGGCAACGAGACCUCAGAUGGAGGAAAUGACUAUGAGAUUUUUAACGACCCACGGACCAUCGGUUUCACAGUCUACUCUCCGAAGGACACGGCCAGGCUCUGUCGGGAGCUUUUCUUUGAUGCUCCACCACACGAAUCCUGAAGUCCUGAACUGCUCCCAUCAAUCCCUUUACCCACAAACCCCUCUGAAUUCCUGCCUGUGAUUCUCUGUUGGUACGACAACAAGCAACUCGAACCCAGGCUGUUUAUGAACUACUGAAAGGUGCCACUACUGAUUUCUUCCAUAUCAUGAAGAUGGUUGAUUACUGUAAAUAUAAAUCGGCAGCAGCGGGGUGAUUUGGUUGAAUUUGUACAAUAAAUCCUGCUGCAUUUUUUUUUUUUUUAAAAAGGGACAAUAACUGAUGAAGUUUAAAGUACUGUUUUAAGUAGAAGAUGUGUUUGACUGCAGUGUCACACCACUGCUAUGUGUAGCAUGUAACAUAAAACUCCAGAUUACGUAGAGUAUAGAAUGAUGUUUUGCACUAAUGUUGGUAUAAUUUUAUACCAAUCGUUGGUCUUGUUGCACACUGCCAAAGGAAAUGAUGAGAGUGAGAGAGAGUGAUAUUUAAAACAAGUGUCCAGUUUGGAAAUAAGAUAAGAAUGAAGCAUUAAAAAAGACGUGGGUCUUUCUGUCCUUUGAGGAUAAAGAAUCAUUCCAGGUAUUUUAAUGUCUCUACAGUACUCUAAAAUAGAUGUGAUUUAUUGUUGCUUUACUAUGUGAUUCCCUGAAUGUCAAAUGUAUGUUUUAACCCCACAAAGCUGCUGGAAAUGUAGGAAGUUUGCUUGUGUUGCUUCUCUAGGUCCUUUAUGCAUUAAAUUGAAGAUUAAUUCAGAUUUAUAUUUAAAACAGAACAUUACUGACUCAAUGAAUUCAUCUUAACCAGUGAAUUAAGCUACUGUGACCAAGUCAUUUUAAAAACCUUUGUCAGUCAAUAUGACAGCUUUUUAUGUAAAAUAUUUUUACAGUGUGUACCAUGGCCUGCACGCUGACUAUACGCAUUGAUGCUUAUUGGUCUCUUGUUGCUAAAGGGAUUUUUAAAAAUAACUUUUAAAUGUGAAAACUGACACUUUGAUUUUCCCAACAAGUCAAUGUUCUGUCCUUCUCUCAUGGUUCAAAAACAUAACGCCUCCCUGAUGGAUGUUUAUUGUGAAUAUGAAGCUUUUGAUAAAUCAGAUACAUCAGCUGCGGUUCUGUGUCCGACUAUAACUCCUUCAACCUCAAAGACUACAAGGAUCUUCCAGGCAAGACUUUUAUGCACAGACAAUGUGCUUUUAAUGUAUCAUGUUGGUCAGUCAUUUAUGGAUGAAAAUGUAUUUUGCGUCUAUUCAUUGUAAUAAAACUCUUUUGAUAUCAUUUCAAUGUC